AUGAGAGUCACAUUUUCUUCCGACACCACACUUCAUAACGGCAUUUUAUUUACCUGCUAUUGCCCUCUCUACAACAUCAGUGGCAUUCUGUCCAGCUAGAAUCAUACACCGCAUUUUCUCUACUGCGGGCUGUGAGAAGGACCAAGUCCCCACUGCUGCCAUCCUGCAGGUCUUCAUAACUGAAAGCUGUUGGACAUCUGAACCCAGUAUCUGGUCCGGCCUGUGCUGAUAUUAUUCAUUUGCUGCUGGCUUCAUAACUAGACAGCAUGGAGCAGAACAACAGCUUGCCCCCAUUUCCACAAAGUUUAGCAUCUCCUCAGGGAGCUAUGACACCUGGUCUCUCCAUGUUUAGCCCAAUGAUGCCAUAUGGUACAGGGCUUACACCACAACCAGUGCAGAACACAAACAGUUUGUCAAUCCUAGAGGAGCAGCAGAGGCAGCAACAGCAGCAACAGCAGCAGCAAGUCUCUCAGCAGCAGGGUGGGAUAGUGGGAGCAUCAGGCCAGACGCCUCAGCUGUACCACUCACAGGCAGUUUCCACCACCACAGCACUGCCAGGCAACACCCCGCUCUACACCACCCCUCUGACCCCUAUGACACCAGUCACACCUGCCACACCUGCCUCAGAGAGUUCUGGCAUUGUCCCCCAGUUACAAAAUAUUGUGUCAACGGUGAACUUGGGGUGUAAGCUUGACCUGAAGACAAUAGCACUCCGAGCCAGGAACGCUGAGUAUAAUCCUAAGCGUUUUGCUGCUGUCAUUAUGAGAAUACGAGAACCCAGAACAACAGCUUUGAUUUUCAGUUCAGGCAAGAUGGUGUGUACAGGAGCCAAGAGUGAGGAACAGUCUCGCCUGGCAGCCAGGAAGUAUGCCAGAGUAGUUCAAAAACUGGGUUUCCCUGCCAAAUUUUUGGACUUCAAAAUUCAAAACAUGGUUGGAAGUUGUGAUGUAAAGUUCCCAAUUCGACUGGAGGGCUUGGUUCUUACCCAUCAGCAGUUCAGCAGUUAUGAACCUGAAUUAUUCCCUGGGUUAAUUUACAGAAUGAUCAAACCCAGAAUUGUCCUUUUAAUAUUUGUUUCUGGCAAAGUUGUUCUCACUGGUGCAAAAGUCAGAGGUGAAAUCUAUGAAGCAUUUGAAAAUAUUUACCCUAUCUUAAAAGGAUUCAGGAAGACAACAUAGUUGUAUUUGGUUGCACCUUCCCUAUUGUCUCUGUUUGGCAGAACUGACAUCAGUUCUUCUAGUUUCGUUUUAAUUAUAUGUAAAUACGGACUUAUUCUUUUCACUUACAGUGAAUGCAAAUAACUUUUAUUACUUUUUAAUUUUUUAUUCAGCUAUUUUUGUGGCUGUCAUAGUCCACACUCUUAAAUGAGUACUUUAUUGGUUUUAAUGUUUCUGCCAUCUGUUUGUACAUUAUACCACACAUUCCUUUAAUAAGCUGGCAGGUUACUUCUUGGAGUUCCUGAGCGGUGACACAUUGUCAAGUUACAAUCAAAGUGUUGGAAAUCGCAGCAUUGUCUGUCAGGAUUGCAGUUAAGAUUCCUUUGGACCCAUAGCGAGUAAGCUGUUGAUGGUGAGAUGAUGCACUGAUUAGUUUGGUUGUUGAAACCCGAUUUGACAAGGAUAUGGUUUAAGGCUGACAUUUUGUGUAUUGGGUCUGAAUGCAAAGUUUUUUCUUGUCAUUUCAAUGUAAUUCACUGAAGUACUGUGAGUCUUCCACUCAGCCCUAACCCUUAUAAUAAAUUACAGAACCGUAGGAAAACUCAUAAUAGGUAUUUGUAACCAAGGGGCUUUCCUUAGUAUUACCAGUAAUGACAUUCAAAGAGUACAGAAACAAUUUAUUGAGACUGUGUGUACUUUUUGUCUGUGCAAGAACUGAAGCUUCUAGCCCUUGUAGAUCAUUUACUGUAUAUUCAUGCAAGUUUUGGGAUGGCAAAGAGCCUGGAAUUUGGUUUUUGUGCAACUACACAUCUGUUCAUUAUAUGGGUUGCCCAGCCCCUUGUAAAGCACUGCAAAUGUAACUUUCUGCCUCAGUUGAUUUGCUUUAAAACAAAGGCAAAUAAAUAUUUCAUAUCCAUUUACA